CACCGCAAUGAUCAGUUUCUCUUCAAAAUCCUCCAUCUUGACAAGAACAAUCACUGUGAUCGUAUCUUUAUUUAACUCCCUUGAAACAGACAGACAGGAGAAGUAGUGCACGCACUUUUCGAAUUGUCCUGACUGUCGCUGGCUGCUGCUGUCUGUGCCUGUCCGUGUUCAACAUAGCCGGGUUGGUGUGUUUUAAAAGAAAUCAUGAGCGGUUUUGGCGUGCACGCUUUUUGAUGUGUUGCUGUGACAGUAACUGGCUGUCCCUGUCCGUGUCAGCGUGUCCCUAGCCUAAGACGGCCACUUUUCUCCUCGACAAUAGAUGGCCGUCUCAGAUACUUUGGACUGUUGCCUACAUGUCCUCCUCAGGCCCUAGAUUUUCUCCUCAAAGCGUCCGGGCGGGACAAGCUAGAGCUCCCUUUGCUCUUCGCACAGAACAAGUGUGUGGGCGGCUAUCUAGAGAUCAUUCACAUGCACGGCGCCGGACAGCUCAAGCAGAUCGUCAACGAGGUGACCGACGCUUUUUCACCGGAGGAAAACGCCCACACGGGGGAACAGGACGGCACGGAUAUUAAAGUCCGAGUGCAGGAGACAGUGGGAAAGACGUGCGACUCCAUGACGCGAGUCGACGGGCCAAGCAACACUCCAAGUGAGACUUCAGACCUGAGCGCGUCAUACCUGCUCACAGGCCCAGAGGCGGAAGGUGAGAGGUCAAGUGCAGACAGCGUCAAAGGAAUCAGGCUCUGCUUCCACGACGAAAAGAUGGAAAACAUUGAAAACCCACAGUGAAUCUCAACCCUCCCCGACCCUUUUUUCCAAUGCUCUGCCCAUCCAACCACCUUCGUCUCCCUUUAUCUCUCCCCACCCCCCACCCCUUUUUUUUCACCCCACCCCACCCUUCUAUGCAAUCCAACCAACAUAAUUCUCAAAAACCCGACACUCCAGCAUUCCCCAAUUUCCUUACCCCCAAAUCAGGUUUCUCCACUUCCUUCUUCCUUAUUUCUACCGCUGGCGCAAGUAUGGCGUCCACAGGAUUACUUGUGUGUAUCUGAUCUGUUCGGGCUCUUAUAGAUUCUAAGUAACACAAAAGCAUAAUAGUGAAUCGAGGGGAGGUUCGCCUCGGGAAUCGCAAUGGCACGCUCAAAGAGACGAAAUGAAUCAUUUUGGAUAAAGAAAAGAGGGAGACAGAUAACAAGAGAAAGAGAGGAGUUUUUAGGGGGUUUUUGUUAUUGAUUUUUAGGGAGGGUUUUUUUGCAUGCUUUUUUGUCUUCGAAAAAGGAGGGAGGGUGGAACAUGGGGCAGGGGUAACUGCACAUUGUCGGAAAGACACACGUCGAUACAAAAUAUGAACGUUAUGGAUCGACUUAUUUAAAUAAGUUGUUACAUUAGAUGUGUCCAAGUUGCUGGUCAAGGACUCAAACCGCUAGAAAUAUUGCUUUGGACUAUUUUGGGGCAGAAUUUGGUUUGGAGUAUUUACUUUACUUAGUUCGAGAAUAGGCAUCAUUGCAAGCAGCACAGUGCCAUAGCUGCUCCUCCUUCCUUUCCAGGAUCCAUGAAAGGGUCUGGCUGCUGAUUGUGCCAGUUAACAGCUGGUUGGAUAUUCUUCUGGCUUUUCCAGGCAGGUUGUUGUCUCUUCCCGACCCUCUUGAAACACCAGCUUCCCUUAGUCUAUCCACUGUGAGUGAAGUGAUGCCUUCAUCAUCUCUGUGGUCGUUGAACUAUGCUGUCACUGCUGCCAUGACUGUUGGUGGAUCUAAUUGCAUGGUGUCGCUCAUCUCAGCCUGGCUGGCUAGUUUAUCAUUGCCUUGAACUCCUGAAUGACCAGGGCUAAAGAUCCAUACAAUCCUUGUGAGUCUGCUGCUUUGUAUUGCCUCUCGCCAGUCUGCAUACAUCAUGUGUUUCUUCACUUUUUCGAGAGUAAUCGAGUCGGUGACGAGGAUGGCAGACGGCUACUCCGUCGUUUUAAUCCAGUUAAGGGCUUCUGUGAUGGCUUUUAUCUCCAUGCACAUGCUGGACGUGGUUAUACUAGUGGUGUCUGACAGCUCUCUCUGUAUGACCCCGUUUACACGGGCGCUGAAAGCCCAUUCAGAUUUCACACCACUCUGUACUGAUCCAUCUGUGAAGAUUACUACGUCGCCCUUUGCACUGUUCUCCUCUAUCAGCGUCUCUACCUCGGCGUUGGCAGCUCCUUCUAGCCACUCACGACAUUCUCUGCUUUAAGUUGCUACCACUCGAGUUUUUUGCCCAGGUGUGUCAGUGACGCUGGCCCAAGAGCUGCCCCUUCGGAUGUCUUGCACUUCACAGUAUUUAGCCAAAGUCGUCGCUGCCUCAUUCAACCAUUCAGUCCCUCUAAGCAGACGCAUGCGUACAGUUCUUCGCACUUUGUCAUGCAGUGGGUGCUGAUCGUCGGCGCUGACUCCCAAAUACGCUUUCACCUGAGCAGUCUUGUGACGUUCUACCAUGGCUGGGAGGUCCAUGAGAUAACGCAUAGCCUCGCAGGAUGUAUCUCGUGUGCACCCAAAAACAGUCCGCAUACCUUUGUUUUUUAAUGUUUUAAAGGUGUUUCAGCUGCGACGUUCGACAAGGUGAGGAGACCUAGACCAUAGUCUAUCAUAGACAGCACAAGAGUCUGGUAUAGUAUGGCUAAAAUUCUUUGUGGCAUUCUGCUACACGCCAUGGUUUUCAGUGCAGUCAGACCUUUUCUGGCUCUUGUGACGAUCCUGGUUAUUUGAUCUUUACCCGAGAGUGAUAUGUCAAAGGUGAUGCCAAGAUACGUCAGUGAGUGCACACGCUUCAGAACCAUGUCGUUGAUGGUGACUGUGAGCAUCUCUGCUUUCACCGUUUGAUUGUUCAGCGAGCACCACAGCACACAGGCCUUGUCGGGGUGGAGUUUGUCGUUGUGGUCUACACACCAUUAACCAAUUCGAUCCAGCUCCUGUUGCACCGCCUUAGCUGUUUCUUGCCGGUCCUUACCCUGUCUGUAUGCAAGGACAUCAUCCGCAAAGCUCAGCACACGCCCUGGGUCUUCCAGUUGUCCAGAAGUGAUCCAAGCUGUGUAUAUGUUGAAUAACACUGGUGAGAGUGAUGAUCCCUGUGGCAACCACGGUGUGAUGCUUCUGGUGUCCGACGUCUAGUUUCCCUGCCGCAUUGCAACUCUCCUCUUCAUCAAUGCCUCACCUACCCAUAUCACGAGCUGGGAGCUAAUCAUCAGGUUGAUCAUUGUUCUCAAAAGGAUAUCGUACUCAACCCUAUUGCAAGCAUCCUAAAUGUCAAGCGCUGCUAUCAGAGUCUCGUCUCCUCUUUCAAACCCGUCAUAAACAUCUGAUGCAAGGACAGCAGCAUUCAUCCACCUUUCCUUCCCCUUUCUGUAGCUACUCAGAGUCGCUGGAAGAGCCUCUUCCUUUUCUAGUUCCUUCGUGAUCGAGUACCCAAAUUCCUUUUCUAAGAUCUUGCUCACGCAAUUUUGCAUCGUGAAUACUCGAUAAGCAAUUAUCUUACUCUGGUCCUUGUCAGACCUGGGGAGUGGUACUAAGUGGCUGUCCGACCAAUCAUUUGGUAUCUGUCCGUUCCACAGACUCCUGUUGAGGAUUUAUAUAAGGUCCCUGAUGCAGUCCUCGUCAAUGAUUUGGAGUAUACAACUGUCUAAAUAAUUUGAUUGCGAGUGCUCUUGACAUAUAAGUAUUGGGCUUGUUUUGUGCAAUAUAGAAUAUUAACAUCCUUUGAAUAAUUUAAAGGUGCACCUAAAUCCCUUAAUUUCUGAUGUCUUGUUUUUCAAAAAUAAUGGUUUUCAGAGUGCAAGCCUGAGGCCAUAAUGUACAGCCCAUAGCGGGGUUCUGUAAGCAAAAGGUUAUAACGCACGCUUCAGAGAAACAUAUUAAAAGAAUAAAUAUAGUGAAAAAUAAUCAUGAGCUAAUGCAGUGUAUAUCUUAUCACCAUUUCAUUGUGGUACGACGUGUGUCUGCCUCCACCACUAUACAUCACAUUCAGAAGCUUUUUCUUCUUUUUUUUUAAAUGCAGCGAUUUUCAUAUGUGUAUAUCAGGUUGGUGCCAUAUUGAAAAAUUAUGUAUGUUAUGAAAUUACGAUGCUGUACAAUAAUAAAUGUU